GAAUUGCCAAAAAAUAAAAUUCCCUAUGUUCAAAAUUUUGAUCAUAAAUUCUUUGAAUCUUUUCUCUCUUUUAUUGUUAAAUUAUUGCGCUAUAAUUAUUAUUUAUUUUAAUUUAUUUUAAUUUAUCAGAGCAUUAAGUUACAAAAUUUUUGUUUUUUUUUUUAUAUGAAUCAAUUCUAUAUCAUCGUGUAUUAUUAAAUAACAUGAUAUAAAUAAUUGAUGUAGGUUAUCUUUAAUAAGUCUAUGAAAGUUUAUAAAUAAAAUUUAUAUCAUGAAUGAAAUAAAAGAAAUAAAUAUAUAUCGUGAUACUCCUAUUAGAUAUUUAGGAUAUGCAAAUGAAAUUGGAGAAGCUUUUAGACCUAUAAUUCCACAUUCAAUAGUAUGGUUUAGUUAUACUAUAGCCAGUGGAUAUGUACUUGCAGAUACAAUUAAUAGUGGCUUUAACACUUAUUCAAACACUGUUACUACAAAAUCAAAGAAUGUUUUACUUUCUAUGACAGAUACUUUGUUAUGGCAGUCAUUGGCAUCUGUAAUUAUUCCUGGUUACACAAUAAACAGAGUUUGUGCCGCUGUACAAUUUAUACAAAAGAAAAACAAUAAUACAUAUUUAAAAAGUAGGUGGAUUCCAACUUUAAUUGGUUUAGCAACUAUACCUGUUAUAAUACAUCCUAUAGAUAACUUAGUAGAAGAAAUAAUGAAUAUUACAUACAGAAAAUGGAUACGUUAUUAUCCAAAAUGAC